AUUUAUUUAUUUAAAAGAAAGUUUCCUAAAGAAUAAAGUCAGAAGYUGAUGAGGUCUCUGAGGUGAAAAGUCUCCAAGCGAGAUGAAAAAGUCUGACUUUAAAUAAAUAAAGGAUGAAAAUUGUUUGUUUUCUGCUUCCUAAACAAACAAAAAGUGUUUGAGUUUUUCAAGUAGAGGCCUCGGAGAUGAKUGGUUCUGAUUCUGGGUUCUGUAAUUAACCCGUCCUCCCCCUCCGAACCGCAGCUCCAACAGGAGGAGCAGCAAAUGAAAAAGCAAACUCUCCGAACAGAAUGUGAUGAUUGUUGUUCGUCUGGAGCAAAAGUUCUGCUGAGUUCUGGACCGAGUUUAGCCCGGCCCAUCUGGUGCAGCAAAUGGUCCGGGUCACCGGGGAGCGGGGGGAGGAGGAGGGGAGCCGGGGGGAGGACUGAAACCAGACCAGAACUCCGCUCCGCCGCAUGUCUCCGCACCAAACCGCGUCCAGCUCCGAACCCUGAGCCGAACCUCCUCACGCGUCGGGUCCGCUCGGACGGGACCAGCACGGAGUCGCGCAUGGAGCGCAGGAAGGAGCUCCCGGUUCGGCUCUGAUUCGGGCCGGRCCGAGGAGGAAUGUCCUGCGGAGAGUUCCCCAAACUUUUCCACGCUCGGUUCGUCAGGUCCGGAGCGCCGGACCGGGUCUAGGUCCCGGAACCAGAGAGUCCAGAGAAAGUUGUUCCUCUUCGGACAGAGUCCUGCAGAUCUUCAGGGAGAACUGAGGAGCAGCAUGGAAACGUCCGCUCCCUCACCCGCCGGCAAGAAGGACUGCAAAGGUUCUGGUCCAGACGGGACCAGCUUCUCUGAGCUCCCCAAGAAGCCUUCCCYGAGCACCCUGAGCAGAGGUUCCCACCACCUCUUCCCCGCCUUCCACACCCCCAUACCCAUCGACAUGAGGCACCACGAGGGGCGGUACCAUUACGAGCCACACCCACUCCACGCCAUGCACGGACCUCCAGGACUGACAGGAAGUCCCGUCAUCUCAGACAUCUCCCUGAACCAGCUGUCCCCGCACGUCGCGGCCAGGACGGGCGAGUCGCCCUUCAGCCCCCCGCACCCCUACGUCAACCCCUACAUGGAGCACUACCUGCGCUCCGUUCACAGCAGCCCCACCCUGUCCAUGAUCUCAGCUGCACGAGGACUGAGCCCGGCUGACGUGACCCACGAGCAUUUAAAGGACCGAGCCCUGUUCAGUUUCCCGCCUCCACCUCCAGGAGCCAACCCCUCAGAGUAUUACCACCUGAUGGCCAGCGCCAGCCAGAGGAGCCCUUAUGGAGACCUGCUGAUGCAGAACGGUGCAGCGGCUGCUGCAGCUGCAGCUGCUGCUGCUCAUCUCCCAGAUUACAUCAGUCCUGUGGACGUGUCCCGCUUCUCCAGUCCCCGGCUGACGCCCCGGCUGAGCAGGAAGCGGGCCCUGUCCAUCACGCCGCUGUCGGACGCCAGCAUCGACCUGCAGACCAUGAUCCGCACCUCGCCCAACUCGCUGGUGGCGUACAUCAACAACUCGCGCUCCAGCUCGGCCGCCAGCAGCUCCUACGGUCACCUGUCGGUCGGUGGGAUCAGCCCCACCUUCAGCUUCCAUCCUCCCAUCAACCCCGUGGCCUAUCAGCAGCUGCUGUCGCAGCAGAGAGGCCUGAACGCCUUCAGCCACACGCCUCCUCUCAUCCCGCCGGCGCCGGCCUCCUUCUCCGCUCGCCAGCACCCGCUGAGCGCCACGCCCAUGUCCGCCGCCCACAACAACUCAGAGACCAACCAGAACGCAAGCGGAGAUCCAGCAGUAAGCAGCACCGUCAAUCCUUUAAACACCAAAAAGUCAAAGGUCAAAACUGAAGCAGAGGGUCCGCUGCCCAUUUCUCUGUCCUCACAGGACCACGGCGGGGGGAUCCUGGACCUGAGCGAGGACCUGGAUAAAGACGAGUGCAAACAGGAGCCGGAGGCCGUUUAUGAGACCAACUGUCACUGGGAGGGCUGUUCCAAAGAGUACGAGACCCAGGACCAGCUGGUCCAUCACAUCAACAACGACCACAUCCACGGAGAGAAGAAGGAGUUCGUGUGUCGCUGGGAGGAGUGCUCACGGGAGCAGAAGCCCUUCAAGGCCCAGUACAUGCUGGUGGUCCACAUGAGGCGGCACACGGGGGAGAAACCGCACAAAUGCACAUUUGAGGGCUGCUCCAAAGCCUACUCCCGCCUCGAGAACCUCAAGACCCACCUCAGGUCCCACACCGGAGAGAAACCAUACGUGUGCGAGCACGAAGGCUGCAACAAGGCCUUCUCCAACGCCUCGGACCGGGCCAAGCACCAGAACCGCACGCACUCCAACGAGAAACCGUACGUUUGUAAAAUCCCCGGCUGCACGAAGCGCUACACGGACCCGAGCUCCCUCAGGAAGCACGUGAAGACGGUCCACGGGCCCGAGGCCCACGUCACYAAGAAGCAGCGAGGCGACGCCCCGCCCAGGCUGCAGCCACCCAAAGGGAACGGGGAGAACGAGGCCGGCUUCAGGCACGCAGCGAGAGGCGCAGAUGGAAGGAUGGAGGCCAACGGCACCUCCAGAGAGACGGAGGACUGUUUCCAGGUCAAAUCUAUCAAGACUGAAAACUCUGUGACGUAUCAGUCCAGUCCUGGCGGCCAGUCGUCCUGCAGCAGUGAGCCGUCGCCUCUCAGCAGCGCCAACAACAUCGACAGUGGGGUAGAGAUGGCCACGCACAGCGGGGGCAGCUUUGGGGACCUCAGCGCACAGGAAGAGUGCCCCGUGGUGGACUCCACCGUGUCCACCGGGGGUCAGCAGGUGGGGGUGGGACUGCAGCUGAGGAAGACCGCGGCGUAUGGCGGCGCCGUCACCAUCAAGUUGGAGAACAUCAAGAAGGAGAGGCUGAAGACGGUGAGGGAGUCCUGCCCCUGGGUGAACACGGGACCACCGCAGGGCCAGCGCCACGCCAUGAAGCUGCCCCCCAUCCCUGCAGUCGGUUCCCUGCUGGAGAACCCCACCCUGAUGGGUAGCCUGGGCGGUCUGUACCCGGGUCAGCCCGGGGGGGACCUGUCCUCGUGUGAGGUAACCCUGCUGAACCAGCUGAACGAGCGCCGCGACAGCACCACCAGCACCCUCAGCUCCGCCUGCAGCCGCCGCUCCUCCGGCAUCUCGCCCUGCUACUCUAGCCGUCGCUCCAGCGAGGCAUCCCAGUUCGGGGCGAACCGCCACAACAACAUCAGCUCAGCGGACUCCUACGACCCCAUCUCCACGGACAUGUCCCGCCGCUCCAGCGAGGCCAGCCACUGCGGAGGGGGCGGUCCCAGUCUGCUCAGCCUCACCCCGGCGCAGCAUUAUCGCCUCAAGGCCAAGUACGCCGCUGCCACCGGCGGAGCCCCGCCCACUCCGCUCCCGAACAUGGACCGAAUGAGCCUGAGGACACGGAUGGCUCUAUACGGUGAAUCCCAGGACGGGUCGUUGCCCCUCUUCCACCAGCCGCCCUCCGGAGCAGCGCCGAGGCGGUGCAGCGACACAGGAUACGCCUCUCAGAGCAUGAUGCCUCAUGAAGUACCCGCCAACCUUCCACGCCGCGCCAGUGACCCGGUGCGUCGCCCCGCUCUGGACCCCCUCUCCUUCCCAAGAGUUCAACGCUACAACAGCAUGAACAGCAUGAACCCUGUGAACGCUCCAUCAGCCGCCGAGCGCCAUCACACCCUGGCCGCGCAGGGUUACACUCGCUCCGACGGCAGCCUCCAGCGUUACCCGUUUGGCCCUCGGCCACCCAGCAUUUCUGAGCAUGUGGCCAUGGAGAACAUGGCGGUGGAUGGAGCCGUGCCUGCAGAGGACGACAUGGUGCUUCCAGAUGACGUGGUUCAGUACCUCAGGUCUCAGAACUCUGGAGCGUCAGGUCACAACUACAACCACCACAGUCAGACUCAGGGUUACCAGGCGAGCAUGGCCCCGCCCCCAGCCUUCCACGGACACAGGAGGAUGGCCAUGGUGGAUGCCAGCAUGGCUCAGGCUGGUCAGGUGGGUCCCAGUGGCUCCCAGCAGGCUUUCCCCCCACCGUCGGACCACAUGAAGAACAUGCCAGUCCAGUGGAACGAGGUGAGCUCAGGGACGAUGGAGACCACCACAAAGAUCUCCAAGCAACACGUUGGCAGAGGAAACCUGGCUGUUGUUCAGCAGAGGCACAACUUCGGCUCCCUUCAAACUCAGGGCCUGAGCAGCAACCAGCAGGUGGUGCCCAUGAACCAGAGCAUGUCUGUGCAGGGCUACAUGAACCACAGCAACCAGAGGAUGCUCAGCCUGUCCCUGCAGCAGAGGCAGGUCAUGAGCGGGGGCUUCAAUCAACCGUUGAGUCACCAACAGACUGGGAACAUACAACCUGCUCAAAACAGUGUGGCAAACCCAGAACUGCAGAGCUACCGAACCAGGACCCAGAUGGAGGGCUACGCCCAGGUGGACCAGCAUGGGGUUCACAAUGGUCCCAGAGGGAUGCUACUACCCAGGCCCCCCGCAGAACCCAGGUUCAGACAACACGUCUAUCCUAACGUGACCCAGCCGAGCCGAGCCCCCAAAGUGUCCGAUCUGGGUCAGCGUCACGGCAUAGACUCAUCUGAGGCCAGCCCAAAGAGGAACUCGGAGAACACUGCUCUAGUCUACACGGCUCAGAUCCACAUGUUUGAGCCCGCCGCUGUGGGCCUCGACACCUCCAUGUCCCCCUGCAACCCCCCCGAGGCCAACAUGGCCUCCCCGGGAACCAACCAGGUCUCCAGCAGCACGGCCGACUCCUCCACCAGCAGGUCGGGAGGGGCGGAGCACGCUCAGAUCGACUUCGACACCACGCUGGACGAUGGGGACCACUCCAGCCUCAUGUCGGGGACGCUGAGUCCCGGUCUCCUGCAGAGCCUGUCCCAGAGCUCGUCCCGUCUCACCACCCCCCGCAACUCCGUCACGCUGGCGUCCGUCCCGGCGGGGAUCAGCAACAUGGCAAUCGGGGACAUGAGCUCCAUGCUCACCGCUCUGGCUGAAGAAAGCAAGUUCCUCAACAUGAUCAGCUGAGACCCCCACAACCCCCACACCCCCCUUACCCACACCAGGUCCUUCAGGAUGUCCUGAACUCCUCAAUGAAAGCACUGAUUGUACAAACCAAAACUGGUUCUCUCAGACGGAGUCACUUCCUGUCUGAUCAGGAAGCUUCACAGUAAAAACAGCUAGGGUUGCAUUAUGGGAUAAAUCUUGUGACAACAGGAACUGAAUUUGAAUUGCUCAGAUUGAAUCUGAAUGUAUGUUAGUGCUGG